AUGGCGUUCCGACGCCGUUCAUGCGUAGUAGCAGCACUCCUCGCCCUCUCCUUCCUCGCCGCCACGGCAGCCGCCGGUGACCACGGCCUGACGGUCUUCUGGGGCCGGAACAAGGACGAGGGCUCCCUCGGGGAGGCCUGCGACACCGGCAUCUACAACACCGUCAUCAUCUCCUUCUACAGCGUCUUCGGCCACGGCAGGUACUGGGGCGACCUCUCCGGCCACCCGCUCUACGGCAUCGGCGCCGACAUCAAGCACUGCCGGGGCAAGGGCAUCGUCGUCCUCCUCUCCAUCGGCGGCGGCGGCACCCAGUACUCCCUGCCGUCAUCACAGUCCGCGGCCGACGUCGCCGACAACCUGUGGAACGCGCACCUCGGCGGCGGCCGCCGCGGCGUGUUCCGCCCGUUCGGCGACGCCGUGGUCGACGGCAUCGACUUCUUCAUCGACCAGGGCGCGCCGGACCACUACGACGAGCUGGCCAGGCGUCUGUCCGGCUACAACCGGUACUACCGCGGCGCGCCCGGGGUGCGGUUGACGGCGACGCCGCGGUGCGUGUACCCGGACUGGCACGUCCAGAGGGCGCUGGACACGGGGCUGUUCGAGCGGAUCCACGUCAGGUUCUACGGCGAAGACCGGUGCUCCUACAACCACGUGCACAAAGACGGGGUGAUGGCGCAGUGGAGCAAGUGGACGGCGAGGUACCCCCGGAGCAAGGUGUACAUCGGGCUGGCGGCGGCGAACGUGCCCGGGAGGAACGACAAGGUCGGCCUCAUGUCGAUGAACUACGACCUCAUGCCCAGCGUGAAGCAGGCGGCGAACUACGGCGGGGUCAUGCUCUGGGAGAGGUACUACGACAAGCAGACCGGAUACGGCCGCGACCUCUACAACGGCGGCAUCAACUAA